UUCUAUAAAGGCUGAGUGGCUCUGUGAGGAUCAGUCAUUCAGCUUUGUCAGAGCUUCCUGCUUGUUGUUUUUCUUCAAGUUGUAAACUGAAGCUAACCAUUUGUAGCAUCAUGAAUCUGUUGUUCAGCAGUCUUUUCCUGGUGGCUGGGUUGUUCCUGAGCUGCUCCACUCAGACCGUUGAGGAAUGCAGACCUUUGAUCACACCUCUUCCAACUUUUGAACCGAGUUACGGAAGGUGGGUCUUCAUCAUGGGCUGGAUUACUAGUGAACCACAUAGAGCAUUGUUCAAGACAACCAAGAGCCAGUGGAUUGACUUCAUCAGGACAGCACCAAAUGACAACGAAUUCAUUCAGGAGAUUGGGAUCAGGCAUCCUACAUAUUGCAAGUACGGAUCAUACCCUGUAACUAUCCAUUCCAACUUGGCACUAACCGACAAGUCCAGGUUCACCUGCACGUACCAUUCCCUGCCAACCUGUGAGGGAUGUCUGCUCUACACGGUCGACAGCAGAACCAACAAUAAUUUAAUCCACAUUAUGAACAUCACUGAACCCCAAACCAUUGCAGAGGUUGAAAGCUAUCGGGCGUUUUACCUGAUGGCUAAAGAAAAUCAUGUCAAGCACCACGAACUGGUACAUGCCAUGAAGCAGGCGAGGUGUCUUGGUUUCAAAGGAGAACCAGACUUCAUCUAUGACCCCGAGGAUACGUUGUGUGAAAAAGGAAAAGAAAAAUGAAGAUAACUGAAGUCCUGUCUUUAACUUCAAAUUGAAAUCGUGGAAGUAAAGAAACAAUUGUGAC